AUGCGCAGGGCGCACGCGGGAAUGAUCGCGGCAGCCAAGCCUCUGGGGGGAAAGGUGCGGGAACGCACAAGGGAUGUUGCCGGUACUGUCAUAACUCCACCGAGCAUGGGUGAGGUGGCCGGCGAUGAGCUUGAAGAAUUCGCCAUCGCUUUCGGUGAUGACGCCCAGGAGUUGAAGGCGCCUGCUGCGGCGCUGCCAGAGGAGCGCGCUGUUGACGAGGACCCGGUUCAGGAUACGCCCGUGGCACUGCCGGAUCGUCUCUUCAUCUACGACCCGCAGGCACUACAGGUGCACAAUGCUCCUAUGACGGCGCUGCCGGAUGGCCUCGUCGUCUGCGACCCGCAAGCACUGCAGGUGCCUGCUGCGGCGCUGCCCGAGGAGCGCGCUGCUGAUGAGGACCCGGUUCAGGAUACGCCCGUGGCACUGCCGGAUGGUUCCUUCAUUUGUGACGCGCAGGCACUGCAGGCGGAGGAUGCGUAUGAGACUACCGAGAUGGAAGGGUACACCAGCGUGUUUCAGGUGGAGAAGAGGGGAGGUGACUACUCUCCUAGAAGCGAGAGGCGGUUCCUAAGAAACUUCACCGCGCCCAAGCUCUUCGUUAGCAUGUCUGCCUUUUGGCAGUCAGUUCCGAUCUUCUUCACGUCCACUACCUUGAACGAGNCGGUUCAGGAUACGCCCGUGGCACUGCCGGAUGGUUCCUUCAUUUGUGACGCGCAGGCACUGCAGGUACCUACUGCGGUACCACCAGCGGAGGGUGUGUGGCUCGAGAUCGACCAGCGGAGCGCCCGGCUGGAGAUCAGCAGGCGGAGGAUGCGUAUGAGACUACCGAGAUGGAAGGUCGUUUUGGACGAAAUGGACCACUCCCCGGGUCGACCGGGCAAUGACGGAGGGCAAACCCAGGUUGCAAGUGCCGCCGCUUUUCCCGGUGGAGAUGGCAGCCGAUGUUUGGAAGCCUCUGACGUGGCCAUCAGCCAUGCCAGCGACGACGAGACGUGGAACGUGUCCACGCUGCACUUGGUGCACGAGGACGCGCCGGCUCGCCUCUGGGCUAGUGGCACCACCGAUGAGGCCACAGGGAGCAGUGGCAAGAGGAUGAAAUCGGCGCGAGUGCCGGGCUUCCGACCGAGCAAGGUGACGUGGGAGCUGCCCGCUUCGUCGCUGAACUGUACCGGAGACGUGUUCGCUAGAGUGGCGCAUCUGAACUGUGGCGAUUUUUUGAACGAAAACCUCGAUAAGUUGGUGUGGCCACCAUCGCUAUGUCGGCUGACUUGUAGGUGGGACUUCGACCGCCAAGUUAACCGCGUCAAAUGGCCCAAGACCCUUCAACAGCUUGAAUUCGGGUACGACUUCAAUCAGCCGAUCGACAAUGUUUCAUGGGCAGUGUCACUCCUCGACCUGCCGUUCGGGAAUAGCUUUAACCGGCCGAUUCACGGGGUCAAAUGGCCGCCCUCGCUGCGACGUCUCGCCUUUGGAGAGAAAUGUAACCAGUCGAUUGAAAGGGUGUUGUGGUCAACGUCACUGCGAGAGCUUCCCUUCGGGCGUGAUUUCAACCAGCCCAUUGAAAGCAUCUCGUGGGCAUCAUCGCUGGAACAGCUUACCUUCUUCAAAAAAAUAUUGAGAGGCAGCAACUUCAACCAGCCAAUUAACGUCAAAUGGCCACCGUCGCUGCUACGCCUCGUGUUUGGACACGUAUUUAACCAACCGAUCAAAAUGGUAUCGUGGCCAGCGUCACUGGGGGAGCUCACCUUCGGACGCGAGUUCGACCAACCCAUUGACAGUAUCUCGUCGGCGUCAUCGCUGGAACAGCUCGUCUUCGUAAGCAGCCACUUCGAUCAACCCAUCGCCGGAGUAGUGUGGCCGACCUCCCUCCAGAAGCUUUCGUUCGGGAAAGCGUUCAACCAGUCCAUCACCGGCGUAGUGUGGCCAGAAUGCCUGGAGAAUCUCUGGUUUUGCGGCCGGAAAGUUCUUCCAGCGAGGGCGUGUUCUUCUAUGAUGGACGAGGAAAACGUCUUUUCUGUAGGGUUUCACAGGGGAGAGGUUUAG